AUGCGAGGGCUGCAUCGCUUUCUGACCGAGCUUCAGUCGGCAGCAAGUCCUGAGGCAGAGGAUGCUUGCGUGCGGCGCGAGCUUGCGCACAUUCGCGCCAAGCUGCAGACCUCUCCCAAACUCGAUGGGUAUCAGCGGAGGAAAUAUUUGGCCAAGCUGGUAUUCAUGCAUAUUCAGGGCUACCGCGUAGACGUGGGCCUCAUAGAGGCUGUUUCGCUCACAGCAAGUCUGCGGGAUUCAGAAAAGCAAAUGGGAUAUCUCGCUCUGAUGUUGCUCUACGAACGCUCGGACAUGCGAGCGCCGGUGAUUAAUGUAUUGCGGCGGGAUCUUGCAUCAUUACGCGAUUCACAUACAUGCCUGGCACUCCAUGCGCUGGCCAGCAUGGGCACGCUCGAGAUGGCGGAAGAGCUAGGCGAGAGCGUAUUGAAGCUACUGGUGUCUGCGACUUCGUCGCCGGCGGUGGUCCGCAAGGCGGCACUUACACUCUUGCAUUUACUGCGCAAGGACCCAAACUGUGUGGAUGUGUGGGAGUGGCUCGACCGUAUUGCGCCGCUGAUCCAGAGCCGUGACUAUGGCGUGGCGCAGUCAGUCGUCGCCCUUGUCACGGAGCUGGCAGGCACAUCGCCAGAUGCGUGCGCUAUAUGCUACCUACCUGCAGUGGAACAGCUGCAUCAUAUCGUAACAAUGCAACCGCAGGAGGAGCGCGAUUUGUACCAUCAAGUCCCGUUGCCGUGGCUGCAGGUGAAGCUGCUUUCCCUGUUGCAGCGGCUUCCACGACCAAAUGAUGCGCAUGUAAAGGCGCUAUUACAGCAGUGCCUGCAGCAACUAUUGCAAUCCGAACCGCUGCAACGUCCAACGGCCGAUGUGCAAGAGACGCAUGCGCGGUAUGCCGUGCACUUCGAGGCCGUCCAUCUCGCGAUGUAUCUCGACACCACAUCCAUCCUCGUGGCGCGCGCGGCUGUGCAUUUAGGGCGCUUAUUGCGCUCAGAGCACAUAAAUGUGCGCUACAUCGCACUCGAAACCAUGACGCAACUUGCUCACACACUCGCGACACUAGAUCCCAUCCGCAUGCACCUAGAUACCAUUGUACAGACGCUGCGAGAUCAGGACACGAGCGUGUGUCGUCGUGCGUUGGAUUUACUAUACGCGUUGUGUGAAGAGGCCAAUGUGCGGAGGAUUGUGGCGUGUCUCCUAGACUAUAUGCCGGAAGCAGAGGCAUCGUUACGCCAGGAUAUGGCGCGGAAAGUGUCGCUACUCGUAGAGCUGUAUGCUGGCGAUUCAACGUGGUAUAUUGAUACGACCCUGGCCUUGCUGGACAUGGCCGGCGAUAGGGUCGGCGAUACGCUGUGGUCACGUAUCGCGCAAACAGUUACGAACCGCCCCAAAGUCCAAGCGUAUGCGGCCGCGCGCCUUCUGCCAUACCUGCGGCAUGCAGUGUGUCAUGAAACACUGGUCAAGCUUGGCACGUACGUACUGAGCGAGUUUGGUUACCUUGUGGCGGAUCAACCCGGCGCGGAACCUGCCGUGCAGUUCGAGCUGCUGCAUCGUCACGCCUACUACUGUUCGCCCGUGACGCGCAGUAUGCUUUUAUCAACGUACGCUAAAUGGUACACGCAGUAUCCGUCACUCUCGCCCAUGUUAGCAAGCGUGCUACGCCAGAGCCGAGGAGUAUUUGACAUGGAGAUUCAUCAGCGCGCAUGUGAAUACACGGCGCUCAUGGAGCUGCAUGCACAGGGUGUAAUGAACAUGGACGAAAUCUUCGAUACGCUACCGCCAUUCCCAUCGCAGGACCUUAAGCCAGACGACCUCGGACCUGGUCUAUUCCGCCUAAGCAAGCGCUUCUCUACUGUGCCGAUGGUCGCCACAGUGCCGCGCGGCGAAGCGCGGCGGCCGACCCGCGCGGACGAAGCACGGCGCCGGCUUCCGCCGAUCCUACCGCCCAUGUCGCCUACCGAGCUGCCCACCGACACUGUACCAUUCCAGCCACAGCCAAAUGAUGACUGCAGUGACUUACUCGAGUUGUCCAGUAUAUCAGUGCGGCCCAUCUCCGGGACGCCGCGCGACGAGAAGAUCCAGACGCCUUGGGCCAUCAGCGGGGACAAUACGGUCGCUAGUCCGGACGGGCCGCUGCUGGGACAGGCAUUGGCGCCCGCUCUGGCGGAGGCCGUCGUAUCCGAGGAAGAGCUGAGCCGCCUCUCGCUGGGAGAUGAUUCGUCGUCCUCACACGACCAAGCCAUGGUAUUAAUGCCGUCGACUCCUACUAUGGUGCAUGAGAGUUCGUCGGAGAAGAUCACAUACGAGAUUCAAGCGCGUGGUCCUCGUGUGCUGGUACAGGUGCAUGUACAAAAUGUGGACGAGGCCGCUACGCUCGUGGUGCGCGAUGUGCAGGUCACGUCGCCCGUCCGCGCGCGCGUCCUCGGCACCGUAUCGAGUGUCGUGGUGGAGCCCGGGCAUUCGGUCAACUAUACCCUCGAACUCCUUUGUACGAGCUGCUUUCUGGGUGACACGGAGCUUAUGCUGACUCUGGCACAUACGUCUACCGCCGUGCUUAUCCGACUCCCUGUGACGAUGGCACACUUUAUGGAGCCGUAUGUGCUGUGCAAGAAGGCCUUUUUUGAGCAGUGGCACACGAUGGGCACGCAGCUAGAGACCCAGAGUGUGUUUGCCGUGCAGCCGCGCACGGGUAACGAAUAUGAGGCGGUCAUGACAGCGACGGGUCUCGCAGUUCUUGCGGGCAUCGACCCGCGGCCUGAGAGCCUCGUAACGGCAGGUGUGUUGGCGCCCCAGGGCAUGUCGGCCACUUGUCUCGUGCGCUUUGAGCCACAUGCUACAGCCAAUGUCGCGCGUCUUACAGUGCGUGCCAGCGACGAGCGGCUCGCGCGUGUCAUGCACCAGCAUCUCGUGUCACAGCUCGAGUGCCCCAUUUCCUCUACUAUUAGCCUCUAUAGGGACUAA